AAGGAGAGAGGCUGUCAUACCGGAGGAGAGACCGUUAUACACGAAAGAGAGAGUAUGUGAGGGGAGAGAGAGGGUUGAUACGUGAGGGGAGAGAGAGGGUUGAUACCUGAGGAGAAAGUUUAUACCAGGAGUGAUAUCGUUUAUACCAGAGGAGGAGAGAUAGUUUAUAUUGGAGGGGGAGGAGAAAGUUUAUACCAGGACAGAUAGUUUAUACUGGAGGCAGAUAAAGUUUAUACUGGAGGAGGAGAGAGAGAUUAUACUGGAGGAGGAGAGAUAGUAUAUACUGGAGGAGGGGAGGGAUUAUAUCGGAGGAGGGGAGAGAUUAUACUGGAGGAGGAGAGAGAGUUUAUACCAGGAGAGAUAGUUUAUACCUGGGGAGGAGAGAUAGUUUAUACCAGGAGAGAUAGUUUAUACCUGGGGAGGAGAGGUAGUUUAAACCGGGGGAGGAGAGAUAGUUUAUACCAGGGGAGAGAGAUAGUUUAAAACGGGGGAGGAGAGAUAGUUUAUACCGGGGGAGGAGAGAUAGUUUAUACUGGAGGAGGAGAGAGUUUGUCCGUGGAGCGAUAGUUUAUACCGGAGAAGUAGGGAGUUUAUACCAGGGGAAAGAUGUCGUCUGCUGGGUCAGACCGAGACCAGGAUGCGGGAGCGGGAGUUAACGCAUGGCCCAGGGGACUGCCCCCCAACACCGUGUUCAUUAUCCUGGAAUCACCGGAAUCCCUCAACCUGCAGAGGGUCCUACCAGAGUCUGGUAUCGUUGUUGAUAUGGAAGAAGAUCUUCUCCCUCAGGACUCCUUCUACCAGAUAAAGAGCCAGCCAAUCAGUUCUCCAGCGAUGGCCUCCUGCUUCUCCUCCUCCUCUUCAACACUCAUGUCCACCGUGACAUCCAGGGUCCUCCUGCGCCAGGAGUUGAUGCGGCAGCAGGUGAGGGAGGAGGACCGGAAGGAGGCGCAGCAGCAGUCCCUGCACCUCCUCACCUGCUCCUCUCCGCCCAUCCCCCUCUCCCCCGGUCCCCCGCCUUGCCCUCCCCCUCAGGUCCCCCUGGAGGUGCUCAAGGUGCAGACUCACCUGGAGAACCCCACCAGGUAUCACCUCCAGGAGGCCCAGAGACAGCAGCUCAGGCACUACUGGGCAGCCACUUCAGCCAAUCGCUGCACUCCCCUACUGCCCGGCACCGCCUCCAAGCUUGUUCCCGACCCCUCCCCCCCCAGUGCUCCCCUUCAAGUUCUCAGUCUCGCCACCAAAAUAGAGCUGCUGGAUGUGUACAGCAGUGCUGGGUCAGACGACCCCAGCAUCACCACUAGCAAGAGUUCCCUUGGCAACCUGGAGUCUGCAAAGAGGGAGCCUCAAGAAGUGGAGACCAAAGUACAAGCAAAGGAACGUCAGAAGAAAGACAACCACAAUCUCAUCGAGAGACGGCGGAGAUUCAACAUCAACGACCGGAUCCAGGAGCUCGGGGCUAUGAUCCCAAGAUCAGCUGACCAGGAGCUGCGCUGGAACAAGGGGACCAUCCUGAAGGCUUCAGUGGAUUACAUCCGCCGGCUGCAGAAGGAGCAGCAGAGGGCCCGAGACCUGGAGGUCCGACAGAGGACCCUGGAGAACAGCAACAGGGCCCUGGAGCUACGAGUCCAGGAGCUGGAGCUCCGGGCAGGUAGCCUGUCAUCUCUCUCCAGCUGCUCCAGCAUCUCCUCCCUUCACCCCACCUUUGCCUCAUCAGCUCCUGCUAUGGCGGCCAUGUUGAACCCGCCCCUGGUUUCCAUGGUGAGCACGCCUCCUGACCAGGAGCCCUUGAGUUUUGCGGAGAUGGAGGACCCCCGGGGAGCCCCGCCCGUGUUCUCCCUGGACCUGCUGGGUUUGGGAGUCCUGGAGGACCUCCUGAUGGAGGAGGCUGGAGGGGCCGCCCCCCUUCCCCACGGAGCGUCCAGGGACCACGGGAGGAGGAGCCGAUUCAGUAUGGAACAGCAGGACUGAGGAGCCAUGGUGCUCAUCUACGUUACCAGGGUUCACCUGCAGUGCAUUGACGAGGGGAAGCCAUUGUAGCCUGGUUAAGGCUGUAACCAGGUUUCUUAAGGGCCGUUUGAGACCCGAGCCCGGUUAGGUAACCUGCCUCCACCUAGACGGAACCAGGGUCAGGGCAGCUAGGUAACCUCCAUAACGUUAUCCUUAUCCAACGUUAUUAAUCACGCAAACACCGUAAAUGUUAUAACUUUAGUAAUGAGUAUGUUAAUCCUGGUUUACUGAAGUGUAAUGUCUAGUAAUGAGUAUGUUAAUAAUAGUUUAAAGUACUGUAAUAGGCCUAUGCUUACACUAGUUUAAAGUACUUUAAUAGGCCAGUGAUGAGUAUGUUAAUGAUAGUUUAAAGGAGUUUAAUAGGCCUAGUAAUGAGUAUGGUAAUAAUAGUUUAAAGUAGGCCUACUGUAAAAGGCCUAGUAAUGAGUCCCUCAACGACCUAUAUGGAACAUAUGGCCUGUGUUAACUAUAUGAACUAGCUAAAUGUGUAGUUAAAGGUCCCAUGGCAUGACAGUUUCACUUAAUGAGGUUUUCUAACAUGAAUAUGAGUCCCCUUAGCCUGCCUAUGCGUAAGGAGUGAAACGAGCACUAGGUAUCCUGCUCUGCCUUUGAAAAAAAAAAAGGUUGUGCCUCGGCAGCGGGGCUCCGGUGGGAGACAAUCGUGGUUCUCCUCCAUGUCACGGUUCAGUCAACUUCAGAUUGAUGUGGAAGUGGAAGAAUCAGAGACGUCAUGAUGUCUAAUUACAGACAUCAUGAAUCUCAAACCGCAGUCGGAUUCAUAAUAGAUUCAUAAUAUCGUCUGGAGGGGCACACAGCUUUUGUCCGUGACAAUAUAUUGGCCUAUUAUAUGAUAUUGUUAUCUAUGUACAAUAUGAUAUUAUUUAUAGAGCUCCAGGACUCCCGCCGGAUCACCCGGAGUGUUAUUGAAUAUUUAGCCCACAGCACACGGCAAAAAGCUGUGCGCGCCUCGCCAUUGCGAUACAUCCACUGUAACACGAGCGCACGGUAGCCUACCGUGGCCGCAAGCACCAUCCACCUUAACCCGCCUCUAAAAAACGGCACGUUUGUGGAAAGCUCUUUGUGGGACUGGCUCAUAGUGGCUGUAAUUCUGCAACAAGGCUGAAUUAACACACUUCUCCAAGACAAGUUACUACGACACACUCUCACUCUUCUUCUUACUUGACUGUAUCACUGAGUUGAUUCAACCAUUUCAAACUGUAGAACAGUUCAGCUAUUCUAAUUUGAUCUAACUUUAUUGUGUAGGCCUAUGUAUGUUUUAUCACAUUAGCUAUUUCUUUAACUCUUAAACUUUUUUGGAUUACAACCAUUUGGAAUUUUCCAAAUGGUAUGAAUGUGUCCGUUAACUCCUCGUUUCACUUGAUGCAAGCCAUUCAACAUUUAUUUACGUCUUUAAAUAUGCAGCUUUAUUAAACCAUAUUUUCAAACUCACUUUGCACUACAGCACUCAAUGCAUUUUCUAGUGGUCGUUAUGGUCCUCAACAUGCGCGCAGAUUCAUGCGCGCAGAUGUUACUAGGGACGGGGGGGAUAUGACGCCCUCAGAUUCAUAGUGCCCCCCCCCCCCACACACACACACUGUCUAGAUAAGGCGACAAACAUAGCUGGAAAAAUUGAGGAUUAAUGUUCCGUUAGUUAGACUAAUAUAGGCCUACAUGCAGCGCGCAUUGAGAGCCAGGCGUUUGUGUGCUACGACUAAUGGUGCGUUCCCGUCGUGCAUGAAUGUCGGUAUUUCCGAGCUCCAAGUAAGAAUUUUAAUCAGAACCCCCCCCCGUGAAGUCGGAUCUCCAACUCGGAAAGUCAGAUAUUAAUCUCACCAGCCAGACAUAGAAUUCAUGUUAUAUUCUACUCAUGUAAACAGUAGUUAGUUACAUGUUUUGUUGUACGUUUGUGAGGCUGGGAAGCACUGGGAGCACUCAAAUUUGGGGUUACGUUGUUUCGAGCUCCAAGUUCCGACUUUCAGUGUAAAUUGAACACACCAUAAGGCAUCACUCUCACUCCCCAGGGUCCUAAAGAGGAUGGCACUUGCGGCUGUACCUGUUGCGGUGAUCAUUGUCUACUAUGACAGAGCGGGUGCUUCAUGAAGAAACAAAAUGAAGAAGCAAAAAACAAUCAGAGCGUUUUUUCAAAAAACAAACAUAUUAAACGGCAUUUGCUCCUACCUGAAAUAGGCUCAAUGUAAAAUAAAAGUAUUUUUAGGCCGUAGGUGAACAGCUUGAAUGUUUUUUCAUUUUUAUGUAUAAUCUUAUUUUAAAGGCACCCAGUGCAACUUUAUGUAAACAUUCAAUGAAAAAUAAACAUUCAAUUUCUAGUCUUUUUUAGACGUAGUAAGUUUCAAUAACUCCAUACCAUUACAUAUCGACAUUCAAGGAGCAAAGAUGAGACGUCGCUGUGUGGUGAGAACUGAUAGAAAAUCGAUAACAACAACAAUGCCGCCAUUUUCUUUAUUUUUUGUAACCUACAAUAAAUAAAGCAGGCUUCCAGUCAAUGGAAAAAUGGCUUCUCCGCACCGGCGAUUGUUGUUGUUUACGAUUUUCUAUCAGUUCUCACCACACAGCGACGUCUCAUCUUUGCUCCUUGAAUGUCGAUAUGUAAUGGUAUGGAGUU